UGUCCCGCACCGUUUCCCGUGUUUUUCUAUUAAGCAAAAGGUGUUUUGCGUUAAUGCGUCCAGCUGGAGUUUCUGGUAGACUUGAGAGCAUCAGAGGGACUGUUCACCUUGUUCACCUGUUUUUUCCGUGUUUCUUCUAUGCUUUGCAAUCUUAGAAGUUUUAUGAUUUAUGAUUGUUUAUAUAGUAGAUUUUUUUGUUUGUUUGUUUUGGUAUGUGCAGCCCUUGUGCUAAGUCGCUGUCUCUAGACACCAGCCCAAGGAGCCCUUUGUAGCUUACGCGCCCUUGAACAAGCUACCUUUGAAGCGGCUGAACCGGGAGCAGAUAACAAGGUGGAUCCAACUGUUUCAGGGCAGACGUUCUCUGGUGAAGCAGUGAGGGAGGAAUCUAGGAAUGAGUGGGGCUGCAUUUCCAUCUCCAGCUGCUGAGAUGGCAGAAAUUAAUCGCCUUCAGUAUGAAAUGGAAUACACUGAAGGAAUCAGUCAGCGCAUGAGGGUCCCGGAGAAACUCAAAGUAGCUCCUCCAAAUGCUGACCUUGAGAAGGGCAUCCAAGAAGGAUUUCCAAAUGCCAGUGUAACUAUGCAGGUUCCGGAGCGGAUUGUAGUGGCAGGUAACAGUGAAGACAUUCCAUUUUCCAGACCACCAGACCUUGACCUUCUUCAGUCUACUCCAUUCAAACCACUGGCAUUGAAAACUCCUCCCCGUGUUAUUUCUCUUAGUGAUCGACCACUAGAUUUUUUGGACCUGGAAAGACCUCCACAGCAGACACCUCAAAAUGAAGAGGUCCGCUCAGUGGGAAGACUGAAGAGAGAACGCUCUAUGAGUGAAAAUGCUGCUCGGCAGAACGGCCAGCUGGCCCGAAAUGAUUCCAUGUUGAACAGAUCAGAUACUGUCCCAAGAAAUAAAAUGCCACGGUUCCAGUCACCUCUUUCAACUAAGGAUUGCACUGUGACACCAUCACUGCAACAGGCUCGUGUCUGUCCUCCCAAUAUGUUACCUGAAGAUGGAUCUAGUCUUUACUCUGCUCGUGGCAUUUUGUCGUUUAUCCAGUCUUCCACUCGUAGGGCUUACCAGCAGGUCUUGGAUGUGCUGGAUGAAAAUCGCAGGCCAGUGUUACGUGGUGGGUCAGCUGCUACCACUUCCUCUAACCCUCAUCAUGACAGCACCAGAUAUGGUCUUUCCAAUUUGGAUACUGCGCUUGAGGGAACACCAGAUGACAUGACAGCUGUGGAUGCUGCCUCCUUGAGAAGACAGAUAAUCAAACUUAAUCGCCGUCUACAACUUCUGGAAGAAGAAAAUAAAGAGCGUGCUAAAAGAGAAAUGAUCAUGUACUCGAUUACUGUAGCUUUCUGGUUACUCAAUAGCUGGCUUUGGUUUCGGCGCUAGACCCAGCUCUCCAAAGGAUUUAAUAAUUGGAGAUAUAAAAACUUUGCAAAAUUCUUUGGUUUUGUUUCUGUUUCUGAGUUGUAUGCUGUUUUAUAAUUCAUACACUGGAAAUUUCACUGCAGAAAAAGGCAACAGAACUGCAUUGUUAAAGGGACACUUUGUUAUUCAGUUACACUAUAUUUAAGAUUUGCAUUGCAGAUACUUGCAAUAUCCUCCCUUUGCAUGCUUCAGUGUAAAUAUGGAUCAGAUGAUUUAAAAAUGAAAUCUGCUUCUUGCAAUGUAAGGACAGUGACCUGCAGAAAUAAUCACUGAAUGUUUUGUUGUGGGAAGAGAACAAAGGGAAUGGGUUUGGAAGAAGGAUUAAAAAAGAAUAAAAAUUGGUUUUUAUUGUUCUGUUGUUAGAGGCAGUUAAGCAUUAUUGCACUUGUUUUCUUUUAGACAGAUUAGUUACAGAGGUGUACCAUAUUCAAGGAGUUUGUCCUGUUUGAUGAGUAUGUUCCUUGUUUAAGCACAUGUUCAGGUCAAAUAAUAAAAGGUAUUCUUUGCUAACAUGCAGAUUGUCCAGAGGUGUAUAAUAUGUUUUUUUUUAUUUUAGCUUUAAUUUUGCAGAUGUUUUUCUACAAAAUACAUUUGUAAGCAAGUCAGUCUGUGAGUGAUUGAAAGAUUAUGGAGUACAAACUACCACUGUAGCAUAUUUAAUAAAACUCUCAAAACUAAA